AUGCCUAAGGUAAGUACAUUUGACUUGUAUUGUUAAAAGGUAAAUAGUUAUACGAGGGUUUGAAAUUAUGGGGUUAUUAAUUGAUUUGACAGUUUAUAGUGAUAGUUGAAAAACAAAGAAACCGCAAUUUGGAAUUGCUAUCUUUCAAAAUAUUAUUGACAGCUGACUAUUACUGCAUAACCAAAUCAUGUGUGUGUUUUCACUUUUUCUAGGUAAAAAUGCAUUACACAAUCACAGGAAAAACACAAGUCGUCAAAACACUAGAUGCCAAUGUUGCGACACUCAAUUUUAUAGCACGAGGACUGCCUGGCGCACCAGAGGGAUACAAAGUCGAUACUAUAGAAACUGUCGAAGGAUAUGUCUUAACCGAUUGGUCGAAACCACCGCCCGAUACUGUUUAUAUUACUGGAGUUAUCGAGAAUUGA